AUGCAGUUGAUGAGCUAUCGACACAUACCAUUCUGGAUUCGUCAGAGGAUUGCACACACGAAAUGGUACAUCUUUGUCCGAGUGGCGAUUUUGGUCGAACCCGCAGCAUUCUCUGACCAAUCCUACCACGAUGCGGUCAUUCUGAUAGCCUAUGCCCUUGACGACUUACGACCCUGGCGGAAAACGUUUCAGCCGUUCGGAGGGAUAAGUGGAAUCCGGGGCGCCACACCCAUCAAGAACCAAGACAAUGCCAUGGGGAUACAGAGCUUGACAGGUCUGCCAAGCGUCAACACUGCCCACAAUAUUGGUGCCAACGGGGCCGAAUCUGCCGAUUAUGUCUUGUAA